UCUGAUAGUUUGCAUUUUGACUUUCUAAAAGUCCUGUUAUUACUUCUAUAAUAAUGGAUUCUAACAAUUUCCUUAUCACAAAUGCUAAACCAACUGAUCCAUAGUUUUCUCCUUUCUGCCUCUGUCCUUUUCUGAACAAGGGUGUUAUGAUAGCACUUUUCCAAGCCACUGAGACCAUUCCUGUAUCUAGGGAAUUUUGGAAUAUCAACUGUCUGAGACUAAAUGAAAUUGUUUGUAAACCUGGUGUCAUAUUUGACCCAAGCUGAGCCUCCAAUCACACUAUUUAUGUUAUCAUUUAAGACUGUCUUUUGUGUCAUUCCUGUGUUAGCUCAUCUAUUGCUAAAUCCGUCUUGUCAUUGUUGUCCUCGACUAUUGCAAUGUAUUCCUGACUGGACUCCCACAUUCUACAUUCUUUUAAUUCCUCUUGAUCUUAUCCAAAACUCAGUCUUUGACUUAAAUCUGGGCAAAUCCCUUUCGCCUAUCACUCAUUUGUUUAUAGACCUACAUUUUAAAAUUCAAGCUUGUUAUCAAAUCUCUCUGGCUUCCCCUCUUUGUACCUCAUUGAGCUCCCCCAGUCCCCCUCUGAGAUAUUUGCUGUCUUUUAAUUCUUGCCUCUUGAGUAUCCCUAAUUUCUGCCUCUUUGAUUUUGCUACAUUCUUUCACUUGAAUUAACUGUUCUAAAUUCGAGUUGCUGAUUCAGACUCCGUAUUCUGAGUCAAGAGUCUUCAACUGGUUAACAAGACAAAAUGUUACAUGUGCUGUAGAGGAUGCUGUGCUCUUCUUGUUCUGUAAUAACUGUAAAUUGUGUUGUAAAUGAAUGGUGAAUACUUUUUUUUGCCACUGAUUGCAGGAUCAUGCAGUUCAAGUGGAUUUGUUCUUUCGAUGGAGAUGCUAAGGGGAAGAGGAACAGGGAGCUUGAUCCGAGUGUUGAUGCUCCUGUCUUAAAUUGUCAAGUGGCAAAAUUUGGUCGUCCUGAUUUGGGAGAUUAAACCCAAUGUGGUUAUCAUGAUAAAGAGCUGAAACUAAAAGAUGAAGAAUGUGAGCGAUUAUCCAAAGUUAGAGACCAACUGGGCCAAGAAUUGGAAGAACUUACAGCUAGUUUAUUUGAGGAAGCUCAUAAAAUGGUACGAGAAGCAAAUGUCAAACAAGCAGCCGCAGAGAAACAGUUAAAAGAAGCACAAGGCAAGAUUGAUGUACUGCAAGCAGAAGUGGCAGCGUUGAAAACACUAGUCCAGUCCUCUUCACCAACAUCACCUACAAAGGAACUUCAGCCAAAUGCAAAAGCUCACUUUAAAAAGGGACAUGUUCGAAAUAAAAGUACAAGUGCAAUGGCCAGCAGCAGCCAAGAAUUGAAUGUGAUGCAGCCUAUUGUACGAGAUUGUAAAGAGGUUGAUUCGCUUCUAUUCGGUGAAUUUAAAGCCUGGAAAGAAGAACCUACAAUCGAUAGAACUUGCUGCUUUUUAGACAGAAUCUAUAAAGAAGAUAUAUAUCCUUGCUUGACGUUUUCAAAAAGUGAGAUGGCUUCAAUGAUUCUUGAAGCUGUUGAAGGUAAUACACUUAGUAUUGAACCAGUUGGAUUUCAGCCCCUACCUGUUGUGAAAGCAUCUGCACUCGAGUGUGGAGGACCCAAUGGAUGGAGAGCUGAAAUUGCAACGUAA